GGUUGUCAAUUUACGUAAAGGGAGUCCAAGCGAAUUGAAAAAUCCCAGUUUGCAGCUGCGCGAAUCAGAAAACGCGUCAAGAUUCCGGUGGACUCAGCACUCCAAUCAACACUCCAAUUACCACACAGACAGAGAGAGAGAGAGAGAGAGAGAGAGAGAGAGAAUGGCAUGGCAAUCUCUCUCAUCCCCCCAGCAAUCUUCCUAACCCUCGUCACCACCCUCCUCUUCUUCCUCCUCCUCAGACCACCUUCCCCAAAUUACCCCUCCACAACCCCCUUACCCCCCCACAGGUCCCUCCUCAACACCUCCUCCCCACCUCCCCUCUCCUGCUCCUCCAUCCACCAAAUCCCACCCCCCCAACGCUGCUCCUUCUCUCUCCUCCAUUGCACCACCAACACCCAACUCAUCAACUACUUCUCUCUCCACUUCUGCCUGCUCCACCGAACCCCUUCUCUCUCCGUCCCCUCCCUUUUUCUCAUCGUCCUUCUCCAGUUCUACCUCCUCGUCCGGACGGCCCAGGACCACUUCUCCCUUACAGUCACUAAGAUAUCGACCCACCUCAAUCUGACGCCCAGUAUCGGCGCCGUGACCCUCCUGGCCCUCGGGAACGGUGCCCCGGACGUGUUCGCGUCCGUCGCGGCCAUCCGGGGUGGCAGCCCCAGGACCGGGUUUGGAGCCAUCCUGUCGGCCGGGACGUUCGUCUCCGCCCUCGUGGUCGGGUUUGUGGCGAUCCACGCGGCGCCGUUUGCCGUGGACCCGGCGCCGUUCAUCCGGGACGUGCUGUUCUACCUGGCUGCUGCUUUGUUCUUGUUCUGUGUGUACUUGAGUGGGGAGAUCUUUUUGUGGCAGGCUGUUGGGUUUGUUGGGUUUUAUGUGUUCUUUGUGGGGAUUGUGUUUUGGAUGGAUUUGGGGAUGGGUGGUGGGGGGAGGAAAAGGAGAGGUGAGAUUGAGAGUGUUGAGGUUCACAAGGGUGUGAUAAUGGGACAGGAUUGUGAGAAAAAUGGAGAGGAGUUGGAGAAAGUAGAGGGGGGAGAGAAGCAGGGUUCUCGUUUUCGACAAGUUUUUUGGCAGAUCUCAAAAGUGUGGGAGUUUCCCGUCUCAGUUCUUCUAAAACUCACUAUUCCUCAGACUUCACCUUCCGAGUGGAACAGAUUCUAUCGAUCCGCCAAUAUUGCUCUAUGUCCGCUUGCCCUUCUCUUUUCUUGUAACUCAUUCAUGCCAGUAAAUCAUCCUGUCAUUUUCCUCCUUCCAAAUGCCCAUUUGCCUCUUUGGCUAGUAGUUCUCUUCGCAUGCUCCUCUCUUGCACUUCUUCACUUCAUACUCGAAAAAGAGCCCCCCAAAACUGAAGAAAUCUAUGUUGUACUUGUAUCAUUUGUGAUGAGUGUGUUUUGGAUCUCCACUGUAGCCGGAGAACUCCUCAACUGCCUGGCAGCUCUUGGAGCACUCCUUAAGUUGCCUCCUGCACUACUUGGGCUGACAGUGCUUGCAUGGGGAAACUCGGUAGGUGAUCUUGUUGCUGAUGUGGCAGUUGCUAAAGCAGGCCAGCCAGCAAUGGCCAUGGCUGGUUGCUUUGCUGGGCCCAUGUUUAACAUGCUUUUUGGGCUUGGUACAGCUUUGGUAAUACAGACUGCCGAUAUUUAUCCAAAGGCCUAUGAGUUGCAUUUCCACAAUGGUCUGGUAUGAUGGUUAUGUUACCUUGUGGGCAUUUUACUUGUUUCUGCAUGUAGUACUAGUAAUUAAGGGUGAAAUAUAUGGUGCGGCUUUGGACCAAACUGACCUCUGGACCAAGAGUUCCAAAGUGCCCUGCUCAAAAUCGACACCAACCCGUCCGACAAAGAUUUUGGUCAGUCAGCAUUGACGGUCGUGGCAGCUUUAUUUGGUUCAACAAAAUACCUAAACGGCAAAUGGAAGAUGGACUUUGAGAGACUGAUUGUGAUCAAGAUGAGUUUCCUAAGUCCUGUGUCUCACAUCUCAGAGAAUCAGAGAUUGAUCAAUGUGGGCAUCGAUCUGGGUUCGAGCAUUCUACAUCUAACUGAGCAAAACGUGACUGAUUCCAGUUUUAUUGAUAACCUCAAACGGGAUAUUAGCUUAGUCGGGUGACUCGGGUUGCUAUACAUUGCGGGCUAUUUAGUUGAAUAGCUAGCCAAUCUAUUGCUAUACAUUGCGGGCUGUAGUUCACUACAGUAUUUAGUUGAAUAGCUAGCCAAUCUACUACUCGUAAAUCAAGAAAGAAGAAAUGCUAGUAAGGAGCAUCAUGUUGUUGGACUCUUCGAAGUCGAAAAUUCGCGUCGUACUCAUUGGUCAUUUUCCUGCAAUCUUGGUCUCCGUGCUUGUUCCGAGACACUUAUCGUGACAGAAGGCUCUGGUCGUCUGGUGUGCCUCAAAGGAAAGGCACCAUUCGCAUUCAAAGUCAUACACCUUGAAAACCUUAUGUUGCAUUUUUGUAAACUUAUUUUUCUUUUU